AUGAACCACCUCGUGACUGUGAGUCUUACUUAUUUCUUGCUGGUACUAGAGGUCGGUUUUCGGAACGAGGUCAACCUCCAAGAUUUCACAUGUCGAAUCGGCUACACCGAAUCGGCCACGUCGAAUCGGCUACCCCGAAUCGGCCACGUCGAAUCGGCUACCCCGAAUCGGCCACGUCGAAUCGGCUACCCCGAAUCGGCAAAGUCGAAUCGGCUACCCCGAAUCGGCCACGUCGAAUCGGCUACCCCGAAUCGGCAAGGUCGAAUCGGCUACCCCGUAUCGGCCACGUCGAAUCGGCUACCCCGAAUCGGCAAAGUCGAAUCGGCUACCCCGAAUCGGCAAAGUCGAAUCGGCUACCCCGAAUCGGCAGUCGAAUCGGAUACCCCGAAUCGGCCAAGUCGAAUCGGCUACCCCGAAUCGGCAAAGUCGAAUCAGCUACACCGAAUCGGCCACGUCGAAUCUGCCACGUCGAAUCGGCUUCCACCGAAUCGGCCACGUCGAAUCGGCUACCCCGAAUCGGCCACGUCGAAUCGGCCACGUCGAAUCGGCUACCCCGAAUCGGCCACGUCGAAUCGGCCAAAUCGGUUACAUCUUCACCUCCCCCCCACCGGUUCACUACACUCUCCUGUGAAUCAUAUCUAUCUAUCUAUCUAUCUAUCUAUCUAUCUAUCUAUCUAUCUAUCUAUCUAUCUAUUCUCAGCUUCUUCAAUACGUAUCAUUCUUCAUCUAUCUAUCUAUCUAUCUAUCUAUCUAUCUAUUCUCAGCUUCUUCAAUACGUAUCUAUCUAUCUAUCUAUCUAUCUAUCUAUCUAUUCUCAGCUUCUUCAAGACGUAUCUAUCUAUCUAUCUAUCAAUCUUUUAA